AUGAGUGGAAAUCGGUUCCUCGAAUACCUCCACCGAAUACAUACCGACCCCUGGGAAAGAGACUAUGCAUACACUCCGUUUCACAAACUCGCACCCACCCCGGUAGAGCCGGAGACAUCCCUCAGCCCCGAGGCUAGACAUGAGUUAUUCGAUUAUACGACGGGGAAAUGGUUGUUCAAUGAAAAAGAGCGGCUCAAAGAGCGGAAGCACGUCUUCAAUAUUGAUGCAUUGAUCCGUCUUACUGCUCUGAAGCUGGGGAGGCCUCUGGCUGACUUUGGCGACUUGGUCAAAAUGUACGAAGGCCGCUCCAACCGGAUCUAUCACAUCGGAUUCAUUGAUGGCACUGAGCUCAUUGCUCGCGUCCCCUAUCGCCACACCGGGCCCCCUGCGCUUGCGGUAUCCAACGAAGUCGCGACUAUGAACCUUCUCCGUCAUCUUGGAUUCCCCGUUCCCAGAGUCAUCCUAUAUUCAGCCAACGCUCGAACUGCCGUGGGUGCGGAGUUUAUCGUCUUGGAAAAACAACUUGGGCGCAAGCUUUCAGACGCAUUGCCCGACAUGACACGAGACCAGCUGGGCCAGCUCAUCGAGCACCUGGUCCACUUGGAGAAACAACUUGCGGACAUCCUAUUCCCAGUCUAUGGCAGUCUUUUCUACAAAUCAGACUUGCCAAAGGACAUGGCCACGGUGCCUUUCUCGGACGCUGCCGGCUUUCAGGACCUAUGCAUCGGCCCGUUGAUGGCACCGACAAACUGGUACAAGGGCCGUAACACCUUGAAUGUCAACUGUGGGCCAUUCCAAGGUGCUCGGCAGGUCAUGGAAAGCGUCGGCAUCAGAGAGUUGCGCGCGCUCGACACAUUUUACCAGGGCCAGCUGGUGUCGAGACGAGUAGCCCGGGCAGCACUGAACGCUAACUGCGACGCGGAGGAAGAACGAAUGCCCAUGACCCAACAGGAAAACAAGGUGGAAGGCCUAGCAGAUUACUUGAGAAUUGUCCAAUACCUGGUGCCGUCGGAUGAGUGGCUCUUGAAGCCUGUCUUGCGCCAUCCAAAGCUCAUCCCCAGACAUAUCUAUGUGAACGACAAAUUGGAAGUUGUCGGACUCCUUGAUUGGCGGUAUUGCUGUGUUAUGCCGCGUUUCCUGGCGGCCGGCAGUCCGGAAUAUCUGAGGUGUCAUGACGACCAACCGCAUAGCCUUGAGGAGCCGGAGUUUCCUCGAGGCCUGGAGUACAUGAAUCGGCGGUCGCGUGACCGGGCUUUUGAAGACUGGGAUGACCGCUGGCAACACUGGGUCUUCAUGAUCGCCACGCAACGAAUCGAUCCCGAGCGCUUUCGGGUUUUCACCCGGCCCUCGUACUGCUGGGUUCUCAAAUUGUUCCACGACGCUGCAGAAUUUUGCGAAGAGAAUAAAACUCUCAGAGCUGGCCUUGUGCAUGCCAUGCGUCACUGGGAUGAGCUCAUCUACGACAAUGGCCACACUCAAACACGAAUGGAUGGACAAUACUCUCUACCGGCCGUCCCCCCGUGCCCACUGUUCUUUACGGAACUCGAGGCACAGCGUGCCUUCCGCGGACUCGACAGGCAUGACGAAGCUACCCACCUACUCGACAACAUGCGCAAUCACAUUGGUAUCGACCCAGAUGGAUGGGUGUCUCCAAGAGCGUACCUCGAGGCAGUGCAUCGGGAGGCGGAGAUCAGAAGGGAUUUUAUGGCGAACCUGAACACCGAUGCAGACAGGAAGAGGGCCGCGGCGUGCUGGCCUUUUGCCAACUGCAAAGCCGAGGGAUGCAAUGUGUUGAUGUUCAGCUGA